UUCGCUGGUUUGUCAAUGGGGGUCGCUGUUAUCCUGCUGUCUGUUGCGAAAUCUCCUCGUGUUACAAAAACACAGACACGUGAGGUUGUAAACAAGAGCCUGGAUGAGGGGCGGCCAUUGUCCGAACUCAAUGAUAUGAGGGCCCGUUAUUUCCCACUGGCACUGUUUGCCAGCCUCCUGUGUCUGUGUCAAAGCUACACCCUGAGGAGCUCGGUGUCCUGGGUGGUCCCUUCCAACGAUGUCGUCGAGGACGCGGACCUGUCGGAGGAGGUGGCCCCGGCGUUGCUGGUGGACAGCGCGGGGCUGUGGAAACAGGCUUACCAGUCCUCCAACGUCCUCGGAGACAGCGUGGAGAGCCCCGGAGAGCUAGUCGAGUCAGAAAGAGACGACGUGACGCAGCUUUCCUCUCGCCUCUUUUCAUACAGGCUGGAAAAGGUGAAGAAGUCCGCUAGCAGCAGUCCUCCCCCUCACCAGGAGACAGCCAGGACUGCUAGAUACAUAGCUCAUUACAGUGACUGGGGACAUCUGGCCACCAUCUCAACUCAAGACAAGAUCAAAGGUCUCCCCUUUGGGAACAUCUUCUCAGUGAGUGAUGGACCACUGGACAACAGCACUGGAGUCAUCUAUUUCUAUGUGACUCCAAUGGACAACACUGUGUCGGACCUGAAAAGUAAUCCCUUUGCUUCUCUCACUUUCUCAGAAGCUGAAGGAGAAUUCUGCAGGCAAAUGGUCUAUGAUCCAGAGGAUCCAAGAUGUGCUCGACUCACGCUAACAGGCAAGAUGGUGGAGGUGGCCCCAGAGGAGCUCGCAUUUGCAAAGGAAGCAGUGUUUUCAAGACAUCCUGUGAUGGCAAAGUGGCCAGUGGGACACAAGUGGUUCUUCAUGAAGCUCGAGUUGAUCCAGGUCUGGCUGCAGAAUUGGAUUGGAGGCAUAUCACUCAUUCCACUAGAGGACUACUUUAAAGCUACGCCUUUCUGAGAAAAUAGCCCUCGCUUUGCAUCAUGUCUGCCUGUACAGAUCAUUUCAACCAUCUACACCACAGAU